CGUGGGUCACGGUAGUUGAUGUAAAAUAGUUGACAAUGGAAGCUGCCAUAUUGCUGAGGUGAAUGCUUGGACUUGACAACCAGUGAGGUGAAUGUGGAUAGCUUGACACUAUCAUAAUUCUGUUGGAAUUUUCUGCAGAAAGAAUGACAUCUUAUGUCAUUUGUAUUACCAAUCUUUAUGUAAAUAUUUCUCUACUGAUGGAUUUAUUUUGGGCAAACAAAGCCAACUGAAGAACAAGAUGGUGAAAGGAUCAACAUAUCUCAUUAGUUUCUUCUUUGUCAUCUAUGUGACACAUCCUAGGAAAGUGAAGGAUAUACUGUGUUCAAAAUAUACAAAAUAAUUUAACUGAAGAUCUUCUCAUCAUUCUGUAUUCCAUCGUAUCUGUUUCUGGUGGUGAAAUGUUUAAGCUUUUUGUUAUUUUUGUGUUUCAGUCGGUAAAAUGUGAACAUUUUUCUCCAGUUUAUACGCACACAAUAUCUGCUUUAUUUGGCCAGAGUAAUUGGCUUUAUAGUAAAUACCAUGUUUUCCCAACAAAUUACCUUCAUAUUUCAAAAAAUAAUGACAGAUUACAGCAAUUGACUGUCACAAAUCAUCCAAGUAAAUUGAUUUUAGAUCCUCGUGGCUUUAAAAACUAUUUUAAAACAAAAAGGAGAAAGAAAUCAGUAGCUGAAUGGAAAAGCAACAGUAACCAAAGUAAGACACAAGGUACUUACAUGAAGUAUGAAGAGCUUUCCUCACAAAGUCAUAAAACUGAUUUGAAUAAUUUGAACAACAUUACUUCUGUGACAAACAAGAAAAAAAAAGGUAUCAACAAAGAAGUACCGAGGAAUUUUUUUGCCAAAGUCCAUGCAGUAAUCACACGUUCCAAGGAAGCAGUUUGGGCUUUCAUAGCAUUGACAUUUUUGUGUGUCCUCCUAGCAGUAGCAGUAGCCUGUUCUCGAAUGUGGAAGGAUUACCAUGGUAUAUCACUUUAUCAACCCAUAUCAUUUGACUUAAAUGAGAAGGUGCCAUUUAAAGAGGCAUUAGGAGCAAAGUUGAAGUUCUUGAGAUGGCUGAAGAGAAGGCAGGAAUGGAGGACUAGAUCAGUAACAGAAGCAAAUUUUAUAGAACUUGAAGAGCUGUUAACAAGAAAUUGUGACAGUGAUGAUGAAAUAUAACAUGCCAAUACUUAUUUUAUUUAGAAACAUAUGGGUGGGUCAGUGGUAAGUUUCUGAAUUUACAAUGCUAAAAUCAGGGGUUCAAUUCCUUGUGGUGGACAAAGCUGAGAUAGUCUAUUGUGUACCUUUGUGCUAAAACACCAACAAAAAUAUCUUUUUAGCAGUAAGUUUUAACAGAAAUGGAGGACUAGAUCAGUAACAGAAGCAAAUUCAUUGGAACUUGAAGAGCUGCUAAAAGUUAAUCAUGAUAGAGAUGAUGAAAUUUGACAAAUCAGUUAUUAUGAUCUCUUUUAACACUAACUUUACAUUUGGUACGAAAAUGUAUUAAAAACAGAUUGUUCAUUGGAACACAUGUCAACUAAGCCAUAUAUUAAACAAAUGAUUCAAAACAACCAUUUGUUAUAGUAUUUGUCAAUUUAGCCAUACACUGCUUUUAAAAAAAUGUUUUAUAGAUAAUUUAUUUGAUAAAUGGAACCUAUUUAUUAGAAAAAUGUUAAAACAAGGAUUAUUGUGGGUUUGGUGAAAGGGAUCCAAUUCCACAACUUGUUAUGUAUGAAUGAACGUGCACUCUGUUAUAAAAUGAAAACAAUAUUUACCACAAGUUGUGUAUAGGGUACAUAUAUGUGAUUGUGUCAAAGUCGCAUGUAUCAUCAGAGCCAGUCUUUGAGAUGUGUAUAUGAGGUCUUAAUUAUUUGUAAGAAACUUGGAAGAUAGAGAAUUCUUAUGGUAGACCUGUGUUGUACAAUACAUGGAUGUUGAAUUAAAAUGUUUAGUUCUUCACAACUGUUGUAAGAGAAGUUUGACUGUUUUAAAAUUUAAGAUUGGCCUUUGCUGAGUCUUCACUUAAUUUGCAUUCAUGCAUUAUUUCAAGCUCCUGUACUUUCAUAGUAGACUGUGUGGUUGUGACAUUGAAACAGGAUUGGACUGUGUAGUUGCGACAAUGAAACUGGUUUGGACUGUGUAGUUGUGACAAUGAAUCUGGUUUGGACUGUGUAGUUGUGACAAUGAAUCUGGUUUGGACUGUGUAGUUAUGACAAUGAACCUAGUUUGGAUUGUGGUUGUGAAAAUGAAUUUAGUUUGAACUGUAUGACCCUGACAGAGAAUCUGACAUGGAAUUGAAAUUAUCAGGCAUGUUUAUAAGUAAAUAUAAAUACAUUUUGUGUGUGUUUAUGUAUCUAUAAAUAUAUAUA